UAUAAUAAUGAAUGAACCAGAACCUAUUUGAUGAAUAUCAAAUCAUUAAAAGUCAUGUGCAUACUAAAUCACAGACUCCAGAGGUAAACACUUCAAUAAAUUUGCUAGUGAAACUUUCGGAAAAUAAUGAAAUUCAUUAAAGUUUUUUCAUUUUCAUUCAUUCAUCAAUGGCAUUGUGAAUAUUUGUCAAACUUAUUAAAUAACAAAGGUAGUUCGCUGAUAAACGGAAAAUAGUUGCUUUUGUGAUAGAUAAAACUGAUAAAAUAAAAGUUUGUUAUUUAGCUACAAGUAUAACGCACCCUUUGGUAUAACCCAGACCCGCGCUUGCGUUAAAACUGACAUUUCCACACACAUUGUGAAAGGUGUCAUUGAAACCAGAAGUGAUUCAUACAGGUUGCAUUAACAUACCUGGCUACCAUAUGAUUAUGGAAAGACAUUGAACAUUUCAAUUUAGAUAAAAGAAUUUAGUGAUAACCUACAGAAAACAAUAUUGAUUUCAUUCCAAGGAAUAAUGAAUAGUUUUGGAUAUCUAUUUGUGCUGCUUUAUCUUUUGUUUCAAUUUGAAUUUAACGUUGCAUCAGACCAAUUAAAUGAUUCAAGCUGUACACUAUGCCAUCUGACAAUAUUUAAUGGCAUUGUAUCAGGUACAGCGGGAUUUUCUAAAAAUGAUUUUGCGACGGCUAAGGAAGCUAACAAUGACGAUCGUCGAAUAAAAAGAAAUGUUUUCUCAAAACAUCAAGAUACGACAAAGAAACACAUAAUAAAAAGUUCCGAGAGAGCUUCAUUCAACGCGUCCGACUAUCCGCUUCGGCCAAGAUUUAGUUUGUCGCGAAAUACUAAUCUACCACUAGAUCCAACUCAAUGGAAAUGCUCGGAUAAAUUUGCAAAAGAUUGCCAAAAUAAAACGAAAACAUUCCGCAACAAAGUCAUAGCGGAAUUUAGGAAAUCUCUUACUGAAUCGGUGUCUGAUGAGCCGAAUUUUUACAACGUUGUGUACUCGCCUGAUAAAAAAAAGCAACGACCAAUUUGCCAAAUAUUAGAUGCCAAAGUGAGAGUUUUGCGAAAGAAAGAUAAACCGUUUGAUACGAAUGGAUUCAGUAAAUUGUUUCCGAAAGUUAAACUAUUCGGUAAGAAAGGAACGAUGACAUACAAAAGCUGUGCUAUCAUUUCCAGUGCUGGAUCGUUAACAAAGUCUGGAUUAGGUCAUUUUAUAGACCUCCACGACUAUGUAAUGAGAUUCAACCAUGCCCCAACGGAUGGGCAUGAAAAUGAUGUAGGAAGAAAAACAACCAUAAGAGUAGUCAACUCACAGGUCGUCAGUAAACCGGAAUUCAAUUUUAUUAACUCACCGAUGUUUCAAAACAUUUCAAUUGCUGCGUGGGAUCCUGGUAAAUUCAAUAGUUCAUUGGAAGAUUGGCUCUCCUCACCCGAUUUCAAUUUAUUCGAAAAUUAUAAAUUAUUUAUGGAACGUUAUCCAUAUGCUGACUUCCACUUGGUUGAUCCGAGAUCAAUAUGGAAAUUGUGGAUGUUUCUACAGAGAUAUUCGGACGUAAAUAUCAGAUGGAAUCCUCCAUCGUCGGGUUUUAUCGGAUUAGCACUUAUCUUACCAGUCUGUACAUAUGUGGACAUCAUUGAGUACAUCCCAUCAACCAGAUUGAAUGGUCGUUGUCACUACUAUGACGAAGAAAUGAAUCCAUCGUGUACAUUUGGAGCGUGGCAUCCAUUGGCUGCUGAAAAAUUAACAGCGUACGACAUGAAUUCGGCCGAUGAUUACUCUGUAUUUCAGAAUGGAGUUAUACGCAUACGAAGACCGGAAAAGUCAUCGUGUGUUUGAAAAUAAUAAUUAAUUUAAAAAAAUUGAAAUGACCAGUAUUUAAAAACGAUAAAAUUAAUAAAUUUGUUGGUCACUGUAAAAGUAAUGUCUAUACCUGCACAUAAUCAUAAUAUUUAUGUUGUUCAAUGAGUCACUUCAUUCACAAAUAAAUUAACGGACGAUUUGUAUUAUUUUUUAUGUUCUUUUUGUAAAUACAUUUCGAGACAUGCAAGGUUUUAAAAGAGUGAGCACAUGUUGAUACAUUAAGUAAAUAUUGUUUUGAUGGUAUAUUAUUAAAAGUAGCGGUUAAUACCG